CCCCCUCCCCCCCAUGACCACCGACAAGUCAAUUCUUUCCUCGAUAACUGUCAACAUCAUCUCGUCUUCACUGUCUUUCCUCUCUCGCCCGAGGACCGCGACUACGCCUCACUUCCGAAUCCGCUACCACUGACAGAAUGGAGACCACGAUGAAAACCCUCGCGGCACCGUACUCACCCUUCACUCACCCACCCCUUACCAUGGACAAGCUCGAGGUCGGGUCGCUCUACAUCAUGAUCUCGGUCCCGCUGCCCAUCUAUCUCGGCCGCAAGAAGCACAGCUACGCGACCGCCCUCCCAGGAGACCCUGCCUUCCCCUUCAGCACCUACGAGCUCAUGGUCCCGGACGGCCUGUCCUCCGAAGAGUUCCACUGGGACCUCUACUGGCACACCUCCGACUCCCCCGCCGGCGCCCUCGGCCCGCACGACGAGGGCAGCGGCACCCUAUACCGCCUCCGCCAGACCAGGACCUGUCCGCCAACCUACGCCUGCGACCGCCUCGGCGUCGUCCGCGUCCGCUCGCACUGCCGGCUCGUCGGCCUCGUGCGUGUCUUGUACGUGCCCACCGCCGUCGUCCCGCACCUGACAGACUACCUCGACUGGAUGACGGCCGAGUCGGCACGCAUCGCGGAGCGGAGCUACGUAUGGGCCACGAUGGCGUACUACCGCGCGCGUCGUCAUGUCCUCGGGCGCGACGGCGUGCGCGACCACAGCUUCCACCAGUUCGACAUAUCGCGCUUCACGGCGGAGCUGCUCUCGUUCGCCUACGGGGCGGUCCCCGGCGCGUUGGCGCCGAGCGCGGCGGAAGGCGGCCCGCCAAGGCCGGUGAUUGCGUCCUAGUUGGGCGUCAAGCUGGGCUUUCUCGACGAAGAAGAGGUUGCCGCGACGAGAUGCAUUAGGGACGAGCUUCUGAGGAGGCAACGCGAGGAGUUUGGCGUCGUUGU